CGGAGUCCUGGGUUUAAUAGAGAGAGUCCCCAUACGCUUGUAUUUAUCAGCAAUAUACAAUUAUAAAGGCCCAAAAUAAAAAAAAAAAAAACAAAAAAAACAAAAACAGAGAGAGAGAAAGAGCGAAAUCUCCCCCUCCCAAAAUCGCUCCAUCACAUAAACCUGGGGGGGGCAGGAGGGGGGGUCCCUUCCGAUCCUCCCUCCUGACGCCCCCCCCAGCAGGCCCCCUCCCCCACCAUUGAAAGCCAUGAAUUUUGAAUUUGAGAGGGAGAUUGGGUUUAUAAACAGCCAGCCAUCGCUCGCCGAGUGUCUGACUUCCUUCCCCGCUGUCUUGGAGACAUUUCAAACUUCAUCAAUCAAGGAGUCGACAUUAAUUCCUCCUCCUCCUCCUUUCGAGCAAACCUUCCCCAGCCUCCAGCCCGGCGCCUCCACCCUUCAGAGACCCAGGAGCCAAAAGCGAGGCGAAGAUGGGCCCGCUCUGCCGCCGCCGCCGCCGCUCCCCGCCGCCCCCUUGGUCCCCGAGUUCCCCUGGAUGAAAGAGAAGAAAUCCGCCAAGAAACCCAGCCAAUCCGCCUCGUCUCCUCCAGCCGCCUCCUCCGUUUCGGCCUCCGGGGUCGGAUCGCCAGCAGAUGGUCCGGGACUGCCGGAGGCCGCCGGCAGCGGGGCGCGCAGGCUGCGCACUGCUUACACCAACACGCAACUGCUGGAGUUGGAGAAGGAAUUCCACUUUAACAAGUACUUGUGCCGGCCGCGCCGCGUGGAGAUCGCGGCCUUGCUGGACCUCACCGAGAGGCAGGUCAAGGUGUGGUUCCAGAACCGGCGCAUGAAGCACAAGCGGCAGACGCAGCACCGCGAGCCGCCCGACGGGGAGCCGGCCUGCCCAGGCGCCCUGGAGGACGCCGGCGAGCCAGCCGACGAGCCCGCGGCCAGCCCUGGCCGCCCCUCCGCCUCCCGGCCGGCGCGGGAAGCCUGCUGUCACCCGCCCGAGGUCGCGCCGGCCCUCCCGGGCGCCCAGGGCCCCCAGCCUUUGACCGCUCACGUGGGGGGUAGUUUGCGCGCGGCCGCCAGGCUGGAGCCCGAGCCGUUGCCCGAAGACGCCUUCCCCGAGCGGCAGGAUUCGCCUUUCCUGCCCGAUCUCAACUUCUUCGCGGCCGACUCCUGUGUCCAGCUGUCCGGAGGCCUGUCCCCCAGCCUGCAGGGCUCGCUCGACAGCCCGGUUCCCUUUUCCGAGGAAGAGCUGGAUUUCUUCACCAGCACCCUCUGUGCCAUCGACCUGCAGUUCCCCUAACUUGUUUCCUCCUCCCGGCCGCUUCGACCCCCGUCCCCUCGUCCCGUCUGCUGGAAAACUCCAGGACCCCCCCUCCCCCAAGUCGCUUAGACUUCUUUCUGUGUUUUGCUAAAAUUCAGGUAUUACUGAAUUCGUGUUUAAUCCAUUUCCUUUCGUUCCUCUCUAAAAUAUUGGGCACUAGGGUGUCUUUUUAAAACACACAAAUUCCGUUCCGUAGACUCCUUCCAACGAAAUCUCAGGAAUAAUUAAACUCUUGGCGGGGGGGCUUUCUUAAAAAAGAACUAGAGGAACUUGUUUUCCUCUCUCUCUUUUUAAGUUUUAGACCCGUAGAUUAUUUAUUGAAAUUCUUUAAUAAUAGGAAAAGGGGAAAGUAUUUAUUGUACAUUAUUUUCAUAGAUUAAAUAAAUGUCUUUAUAAUACGAAAA